AUGGCUCCCUCGAUGCUUGUGGAUCAGCUCAACGGCGAGCAGGUCGACGUGCCGACCAAGUCGCGAAGCAGCGAUCGCACUGUCAUCACAGCUUCGUCCCCCAAUCCCUCAUUACAAGUGACAGCCGACCACCAGCUGAAAUUGGUUGACACCCCCGUCUACGCGCCGAGACGCGGCGAGGUGCUCGUCCAUAUUAAGGCGACCGGGAUCUGUGGCUCGGACAUUCAUUUCUGGAAGACUGGUCGCAUUGGGUCGUUGGUCUUUGAGGGCGAUUGUAUUAUCGGCCACGAGGCCUCGGGGAUUGUCUUGCAGUGUGGCGAAGGCGUCAGCCACUUGAAGCCCGGCGACCGAGUGGCCAUUGAGCCCGGAGUUCCGUGUGAGCGGUGCUUCUUGUGCAACGAGGGACGGUACAAUCUCUGCGAAGAUGUCCAGUUUGCCGGGGUCUACCCCUACGAUGGAACCAUGCAGCGGUACAAGGUGCACCCGGCCAAGUGGCUGCACAAGCUCCCGGAAAAUGUCAGCUAUGCCGAGGGAGCCCUGCUUGAGCCUCUGUCGGUGGUGAUGCAUGGCAUCAAAACGGCCGGACUUAGUCUAGGUCGCGGAGUGGUAGUGUGUGGUGCUGGUCCUAUUGGUUUGAUCGCACUGGCCGCUGCACGCGCCUCGGGUGCCCAUCCCAUUGUGAUUACCGACCUAGAGCCAGCGCGCCUGGCCUUUGCAAAGGAGCUGGUACCCUCAUGCAUCCCGUACGAGGUGGACAGCACCAAAGAUGCACAGGCCAAUGCCCAAGCCAUCCGGGCCUUGUUUGGAUCCAGUGAGUAUGUGGCGCCAGAGACCGUGCUCGAGUGCACCGGCGUGGAAACCAGCGUGUGCACGGCGGCAUAUACAGCCCGACGAGGUGGCACGGUGAUGGUAAUUGGGGUGGGCAAGGCCAUCAUGCACAACUUACCCUUUAUGCAUAUUUCUCUCGCUGAGAUCGAUCUACGAUUUAUCAAUCGCUACCGAGACACUUGGCCACCUGCUAUUGCUUGCUUGAGUGGCGGCAUUUUGGACCUGAAGAAGCUGAUCUCGCAUGUCUUUCCUCUUGAAAAGGCACAAGAUGCCUUGCACCUCUGCGCGGAUCCGAGGAACGGAGGGAUCAAGGUGCUAGUAGUGGAUGAGCAAGAGACAUCGUUGUAG